AGUGGCAAUUUCUGCACCCCAGCCUGCUCCCUUUCAGUUUCUGAUUUCUAAAAGUCCAUGUGUCCAGGGCUGCCAGAAAGGAGGCGCUUUCCUGAGUCCCAGCCUUCCUCCCCUCUGCACGGGUUCCACGGCGGGUGUGUGUUGCCGGGAGGAGGAGCCCUCACCCAGCAUGGACCUCAUCGCACUGCUGAAGUCUCAGUUCCUGUGCCAUCUCAUCUUCUGUUACGUGUUUAUCGCCUCGGGGCUCAUCAUCAACACCAUUCAGCUCUUCACGCUCCUCCUCUGGCCAGUUAACAAGCAGCUCUUCCGCAAGAUCAACUGCCGCCUGUCCUACUGCAUCUCCAGCCAGCUGGUGAUGCUGCUGGAGUGGUGGUCGGGCACAGAGUGCGUCAUCCACACGGACCCCCGGGCCUACCCCAAGUACGGGAAGGAAAACGCCAUCGUCGUUCUGAACCACAAGUUUGAGAUCGACUUUCUCUGUGGUUGGAGCCUGGCCGAGCGCUUCGGGGUCUUAGGGGGCUCCAAGGUCCUGGCCAAGAAGGAGCUGGCCUACGUGCCCAUAAUCGGCUGGAUGUGGUACUUCACAGAGAUGGUCUUCUGCACGCGCAAGUGGGAGCAGGACCGCAAGACUGUCUCCGAGAGCCUGCUGCACCUGCGGGACUACCCAGAGAAGUACUUCUUCCUGAUCCACUGCGAGGGCACGCGGUUCACGGAGAAGAAGCACCAGAUCAGCAUGCAGGUGGCCCAGGCCAAGGGGCUGCCCAGCCUCAAGCACCACCUGCUGCCUCGCACCAAGGGCUUCGCCAUCACCGUGAGGAGUUUGAGAAAUGUAGUUUCAGCUGUAUAUGACUGUACACUCAAUUUCAGAAAUAAUGAAAAUCCAACACUGCUGGGAGUCCUAAAUGGAAAGAAAUAUCACGCAGAUUUAUAUGUUAGGCGGAUUCCUUUAGAAGACGUCCCGGAAGAUGAGGACAGGUGCGCAGCCUGGCUGCACAAGCUCUACCAGGAGAAGGACGCCCUCCAGGAGGAGUACUCGCGCUCCGGCACCUUCCCCGAGACGCCCAUGGUGCCCCCGCGGCGGCCCUGGACGCUCGUCAACUGGCUGUUCUGGGCCUCGCUGCUGCUCUACCCGUUCUUCCGCUUCCUCGUCAACAUGGUCAGCAGCGGCUCCUCCCUGACGCUGGCCAGCUUCGUCCUCGUCUUCUUCGUGGCUUCCGUGGGGGUGCGAUGGAUGAUUGGUGUCACAGAAAUUGACAAGGGCUCUGCCUACGGCAACAUGGACAGCAAGCAGAAACACAGCGACUGAUCCAGGACGCGGCACCAUCCAAAGGGGACCUUGGGGGACUGGUGGACGCUGCCAUCAUCCUUGGUGGGACCCAGUGACGAAGCUGGGUGAGCCCCUGCUGGGGAGGCAGGGGGUAUGGUCUCAGCGCCAGAUUGGGAGGAAGAUGUGCUUAAAUCUUUUCCCCCAUGUGCUUUAGUGGGCUUUGGUUCUCUUUCUUUCUGUGUGAGUCUGCGUGCGUGCGUGUAUGUGCGUCAGAGAAAGAACACGUGAGUGAGAGUGAGGUGGGGGGAGUGUGACUGUUCAGAGGGUACUGGAGGUACAGGGCGAGGGCAGAGAUGGGGAACAUGGGUGAGUUCCCUUCCAUUCUUUGGUGCUGAGUUUUCUGUAACCCUGGAUUGCCACAGACAGAGUGAAAGGCACUUUAGGUAAGAUGGCUAAAUUAUGCCUCCAAAAAAAAAAGAAUUAAA